AUGGCAGUGUCUGCAGACUCUGUCUUUGCACCUAUUGACCUCAUCGAGGUGGGGGAUGCUCUUGCAGAGCUUCCUGAGGACCUGGCUGCCCAGGCGCUGGCGGAGCUGAACGAAGACCCGGCGACUCGGCUGCAGUUCCUGGAAGAGCUGCGCAACCUGCUGCAGAGUCACGAGCUGUACGAGGAGCUCCAGGUGCGGACAGACUUUCGGUUCCUGCUGCCGUUUGCACGGGCGCGCAAGUUCCGGAUGGAGGAGGCUGCCGCCAACGUGAUCAAUUACUACACUUUUGCCCGCAAGAUGGGCUGGGACAAGGCUGUUCACGUCGACGCCUUCCGCACCGCGCUGGAGACUGGGGCCAUGUGGGUGCUCGGGCAGGACGACGAGGGCCGGACGAUGGUCUCGCUGCAGGGCGCGUUCUUUGAGACGUCACGAGCGAGCCUCGCCGACUUUCAGCGCGCGCUGUACUUUCUGCUUCAUCUGUGCAUCCGUGACGACGCCACCCAGAUCCGCGGCUUUGUCAUCCUGGAGGACAUGCGCGGCAUGGGGCUCGACGCUGCGUCAUUUGAGCGCAACGGCGCCAAGGUCUGCUUUGAGAUGAUGUCCAAGAACUUUCCGGCGCGGAUGAAGGGCUUCUACGUGGUCAACCAGCCUUGGUUCAUCUCAGGCCUGUUCAAGGUCGCCAAACCGUUUGUCUCGUCCAAGAUCUCGUCGCGGGUUCACAUGCUCGGCUCGGACCUGUCCAAGCUGCACGAGAUCUUUGGCGCCGAUAAGCUGCCGCGUCAGUACUACGGCGGCGAGGUCGAGUUUGACUGGCCCUCGCAUGUUGCCGCCAUCUACGACGAGGUCGGUGCCGUCUACGAGCCACCGCAGCGCCUCGUCCUCACCUCGACCCUCUCCCCGCUGCCCAAGGAGUUUGGCAUCGACGUCGUCCAGCUCGACGGACGCAUUUCGGUCUCGGGCAUCGACGCUGGCUCGCUCGGCGAGCACCUCGGCCUCCACCUCGGCGACAUUAUCGAGACACUCAACGGGCUUCCGGUCCGUUUCAUGCGCCACCUCAAGCUCAAGAAGUCCUGGCCUGCCGUCACCGUCGAGCUCAUCCGCCCCUCACCCGAGGAGAAGGCUCGCCGCGACGAGCUCAUUGCGAAGACCUUUGGUGUCGGGGUGGACCACGCUGACGCCCAGCCUGUUUUCUCCGGCGAUGCCGCUGCAUCGCCUGCCAGCGAUGGUGCCGCUCAGGACGACGCCGCUGCCUACGACAGCGACGGCUACGACUCCGAGGGCGCAACCGAUCCGUUUGGCGAGUAUCCCGACGCUGCUCUCGCCGACGAUGCCAGUCACGCUGGUAGCAUUGCCAGUGCUGGCAGCCACGUCGAGUACUCGGACGUGGGCAGCGACGGCGAUGAUGGCCACGAGCCGGAGCGCUCGGGCAGCGACAACGAUGGCGACGAUGGCGACGAUGGCGACGAUGGCGACGAUGGCGGCGAUGGCGAGGAUUCAGAGCAUGAUAACCCGUUUGUGUAAACGCCCUGCAUCCGUGUG